AUGGGACAAGAAUGUAAGGAUAAGGGACUUUGUUGCGGUAGGCCGCGGAGAGCAUUUGAAAGUUAUAGGUCUCAGCUGAGGGAGAAGUUACCACAGACACAUCAGGAUGAUGAUAAUUUCAUGGAUGAUAUUUCACGGGCCGCCUGUUGUGUGUCCGAAAUGCAGGGUUCAGAACUUGAUGAGCGCGAACUUUGCGAUCUCCCAUAUUACCUACUGGGGAGCAUGAUAUAUGAAAAAAUCAAGGACAAGAGUAAAUUUAGAACAACUAUGAAUGGAGUAACGGGAGCAUUAAAAGAGUACUUCGGUAAGCUGGAGUGUACAAUAGAACAGAGUAAAAGUGGAAUAAAAUUAUUCGCCAAAAUGAAGGACCUGGGAAUGGAUCCCUUGCAGCCUGAGAAUAUACGGGAAGAGCAGGAGGAGCAGGAAGAUUCAUCUACGGUUAGUUUUGAUAGGUAUAAGAAGUAUUUGUAUGAAAUUGCCGAUAAAUAUGCAACUGUAGAAGGUUUAUGUACCGCACAGACGAAAACUGAUGACUGUGAAGGAGUUUCGGAGGAGUAUAAGGAAAAAACUCCUCAGAAACUGUACGAGGCAAUGUAUGGGAAGGUGCAGCUCCAAAGACCUGAAGUAUUGUCCACAGAUGAUUGCCAAGAGGAGGAAAAGCUACCCUCGGAAAAAGUAUAUUGUGAACUCAAUCAGGCCAAUGAUAAGUGUAAUGGUGCAGGUGGAACUGAUGCAGGAGAAGUGAGUAAAGAGCUUAAGACCAUAGUAAAGAAGUACGUGAUGUCCAUGGAGUAUGAGGAUCGAGUUGUGCAAGCUUAUUGCUAUGCACCUACAAUGAAAGCGGACAUUGUGCCUAAGGAGGAGGAUCGCUGUAAAUUCCUAUACUACUGGAUAGGGCAUACGCUCUUUUUUACUUCUAACAAGAAGGACCAAUUUUCUACUGCUAUGAAAAGCGUCUACGACGAAUUGGGGAAAUUGAAAGGAGGAGGAAUUAAUCACCCAUGCAAUAUUUUAUAUGAUGGGAAUGACAACAUCAACUUGGACAUUUUCACCAAAAUGAAAACAAUAUUCGACUAUUAUCAUGAUUAUACUACUAUAAAAAAAUGCGUAGAUGAUCCCCAGGCUCCCGACCCUAAGUGCACUACAGAGUAUGCCAGUUAUCUGGGAAGAGUUGUCUCAGCUUAUAAGGAUAUGAAUGCAGAAUGUAAAGGGGAAAAUAAGAAUGGAUGGUGUACAGAUUUUAAGAGCAUGACUGAUGAACGUACUUAUGAAGAAUUAUUACAUUUAAAAUGUUCUUUAAAAUAUACAUCAGAAUGUACAAAUAUUACCGCUGCUAUAUUGGGCACACUAACCUCGAUAAGCCUACCCGCGGCUGCUUUGUUAUUAUAUAAGUACACUUCUUUAUUCAAUGGGAUAAGUAACACCCUCUUUGGAGGAGGAGGAGGAAGCAGCAACAGAAGGAAGGCAAGAUCUAUUAUCCACCACAAAUUAAACACGUCCUUAUCAGAGGACGACCGCUCGACAUUAGACGAUUCAACGUAUGAUUCUACCGACGUCUCCACAAUGGAGUAUCUACCAUCUAUAAUGGUGGUAGAUCACCAAGACGACCAUCACCACCCAAACGACAAAGUCAUAAUAGCCAACAAAGACAACAAAAACAACAGCAACUUAGACAACGACAAAAAAUAA